AUGUCGGCCUCAGUCGAAGCCCCGAGUCAAUUCAAGCAGCCUUCUCGUAAAGGUAAGAAGGCGUGGAGGAAAAAUGUGGAUGUUACGGAGGUUCAGGAAGGUCUCCGUCUCUUGAAAGACGAAGAAAUCAAAGGUGGUGUUCUGGCAGAAAAGCCCUCCGAUGAACUGUUCAUCAUCGAUAAAGAGGGUUCAUCAGAAAUCCGAAAUGAAUUCCUGAAAAAGCACAAGCCCUUAAAAGCAGAUGAAAUCCUCGCAAAGAGGUCCGUCAUACCCGCAGUGGACACCCGCAAACGUCUGAACUCCAAGGUCACCGAUGGUGUUAUCGAACCGAAGUCUAAGAGGCACAAGAGCGACUGGGUCACUCGCAAGGAAUGGCUGCGCUUGAAGCAGGUGGCCAAGGAUGCGAACCCCACCCUGAAGGCCGAAGGAAGCGAAUUAUAUGAUCCUUGGGCAGAUGCUCAAGAAUCAACCCCUGUCGAAGAUCCCCAGUUCGAUUACCUCCCGAAGCCGAAACCCAAGGUUGCGCCUGCAACACUCAAAACGCCUCCCAUUUCACUCGCUGCCAACGGAAAGCCAGUCCCUGCUGUGCGAGCACCUGAUGCCGGUAUCAGUUACAAUCCCACCUUCGAGGACUGGGAUCGUCUUCUGCAGGAGAAGGGUCAAGAAGCUGUGGAUGCUGAGAAGAAGCGUUUAGAGGAAGAGCGGAGAGAGCAAGAGAGACAGCGUCUCAUCGCCGAGGCGCAAAAUGAUGACGGCGAGGUCAAAUCCGAUGACGAGAGCGCCUGGGAAGGAUUCGAAAGCGAGUAUGAGAAGCCGGAUUGGCUGAACAAGAAGCGCCCAGAGCGCAAGACAAAAACACAGAGAAAUAAGAUCAAGAGGCGCAAAGAGGCCGAAAGACAGGCCAAAUGGGAGGAGAAGAUGAAGAAGAAAGAAGAGCAACUGGAGCAAGCGAAACUCAUCGCGGAACAGGUCCAGCAGAGACAACUCGAGCGCAGUCAAGAAUCAGGCGAUGAUUCUUCUGAAGCGGGUGACGACGUUGCCCUGCGACGUAGGCCAUUGGGAGGAAAGAACCGUGUUCCCGAGAAGCCGUUGGAGGUGGUGCUACCUGAUGAGCUUCAGGACUCCCUGCGCCUCCUGAAGCCGGAAGGCAAUCUUUUGGACGACCGUUUCCGCACACUGAUAGUGCAGGGAAAGCUGGAGUCUCGCAAACCGAUCACACAGGCCAAGAAGGCCAAGAGGAAGAUAACAGAGAAGUGGACAUACAAGGAUUUUAAAGUACCGGGAUUGUAA